CGAUCUAAAAAGUCGAAAGGGUCCCCUUCUAGGGUUUGUGUUCCAAGCUCUUCACCCCAAGAGGAGAGAGAGAGAGAGAGAGAGAGAGAGAGAGGGGAAGAGGAUACCUAUCGCUUCAACAAUGGCGGACGACGAUUACAACGACAUGGACAUGGGGUAUGAAGAUGAGCCACCAGAACCUGAAAUAGAGGAAGGAGCCGAGGAAGAGCCAGAAAAUAAUGAGGAUUUACCUGAUGAUGUUGUAGGUGCAGAAACAGAAGAGAAAGAGCAGGAACCGGCCGAAAGGCCUCGUAAAACAUCAAAAUAUAUGACAAAAUAUGAACGUGCUAGAAUCCUUGGGACACGUGCUCUGCAGAUUAGCAUGAAUGCACCAGUGAUGGUUGAACUGGAGGGUGAAACAGAUCCUUUGGAGAUUGCAAUGAAGGAACUUCGAGAGCGCAAGAUACCCUUCACAAUCAGGCGCUAUUUGCCAGAUGGAAGUUACGAAGACUGGGGAGUUGAUGAGCUUAUCGUGGAGGACUCGUGGAAGAGGCAAGUUGGCGGGGACUGAGCCGUCGUUUUCCAUGAAUAAUUCGAGAAAUGUCCUAUGUAGUUGGUACCGUCUAUUUGUCUAUACCAAACAUGUUAGUGGCCCAUAGACGCAGAAUCGAUAGGCGCCUCAAACUUACGCAGCUGAUUCUGUCUAUUUUGCUAUCGUUUCAUGUAAGAAGCAUCUCGAACUAAUUAUGGUUCAGUAGGAUGGUUGAACUUGGCUUCUGCUUCUGUAUAACGGCUGGUGGAAAACAAAACAAAACAAAACAAAACAAAACAAA